GCAGCUGUCACAGCGUACCGUGCCAUCCUACAGCGCACUGCGCCGCACCGCCAGCCGCCACCAUGCUGACUGCUGAGGACAAGAAGCUCAUCCAGCAGACCUGGACCAAGGUCCAGGAAGACUUCGGAGGCGAGGCCCUGGAGAGGAUGUUCAUCACCUACCCCCAGACCAAGACCUACUUCCCCCACUUCGACCUGCACCACGGCUCUGAGCAGAUCCGCAGCCACGGCAAGAAGGUGGUGAAUGCCCUGGGUGUCGCCGUGAAGAGCAUGGACAACCUCAGCCAGGCCCUGUCUGAGCUCAGCAACCURCACGCCUACAACCUGCGUGUGGACCCCGUCAACUUUAAGCUGCUGUCGCAGUGCUUCCAGGUGGUGCUGGCUGUGCACCUGGGCAACGACUACACCGCCGAGGUCCACUCCGCCUUCGACAAGUUCCUGUCCGCCGUGGCCUCCGUGCUGGCCGAGAAGUACAGAUGAGCCACUCGCGCUGCCGCCAGCCUUGCCUAUGUGUUCAAUAAAAAUACCUUCUGC